GUGUGUGUGCUGUACUUUUCCUUUCAGUCGCUCAAUCCCGUGAGCAAAUUUGAAGAUGAAUCCUAGGGGAAAACAUCGUGUUGCUGUAGUUGGAGCAGGGGCAGCGGGAUUAUGUGCAGCACGUCACAUCCUGUUUCGAUCCGAAUCGUUCGAGCCACCCGUGGUGUUCGAGCAGAGCGCGCGCGUGGGAGGCACGUGGUACUACGAGGAGCGUGUGGGCACUUCUGACGAUGGCCGGCUGAUCCACAGCAGCAUGUACAGAGACCUCAGAACCAACCUGCCUAAAGAGGUCAUGAUGUUUCCUGAUUUUCCCUUUGACUUCCACUUGCCCUCUUUUCUGACCCACUUGGAUGUUCAGCAGUAUUUAGAGACAUAUUGCAAGAGUCAUGAUAUCAUGCCACACAUUAAGUUCAACACUAUGGUGGAAGAGGUGAAACCCAUCUCCAUGGAGACAGAUGAAGGGGGGGGCAUGAGGUGGGAGGUAAUUUUGCGUGGCAUGCACGGAGGACAUAGCACACAGAUAUUCGACUCUGUGUUCAUCUGCAAUGGUCAUUACUCUGCACCCCAUUUGCCCUCCAUUCCGGGAAUAGAGCAUUUUAAAGGAAAGGUGAUGCACAGCCACUCUUAUCGCUACCCAGAGCCUUUUGCCCAUCAGUCUGUUGUGGUCUUGGGUGCUGGACCAUCUGGGAUUGACAUCUCUUUUGAGCUGGCUCAAGCUAAAGCCGAGGUAAUAUUGAGCCAUAAUAAGACAUCCCUUACAUUUUCUUUGCCACCGGAAAUCAGGCAGGCACCUCCUUUAGUGAAGGUGCUGGAUAAUGGGUCACUGUUCUUCCAGGAUGGUUCAGUGGCCCACGCUCAAGUUCUUCUGCUUUGCACUGGAUACAAUUACCACUUCCCAUUCCUUUGCCUGAAACAGCUUGGCCUGGAGGUGCAGUACCACCUAGUGGCUCCUCUUUACAAGUACCUGGUGCUUCCAGCCUUUCCCUCACUAUUUUUUAUAGGUUUGGGCAAAAACAUCUGCCCUUUUCUGAACUUUCAUUAUCAGGUCCAGUUUGCACUUGCAGUUCUUGACGGCACUGUGCAGUUGCCCUCACGUGAGUUGAUGGAAGAGGAUGUAAAGAAAGGGAUGCAAAGAAAGAUACAGAUGGGUGUUCAUGGGAAAGAUCUCCUGCAAACUAAAUGUGAGCAGUGGGAUUAUUAUGAGAGUCUGGCAACAACAGCAAGGUUACCACCUCCAAAUCCAGUCAUACGGAGUCUCUAUGAGGAAGUACAGAAACAACGACGUGCAAACCUUAAGACCUACAGAGAAAUCAACUACAGAUUGGUUAAGGCCACGGAAUGGCAGAUUCUCAAUGCACCAGAUAAACAAAUAGAUAAUGCUUAGUUAGAGAUGUUUAGUAGCAGCUAAUUAAGGCAAAUGCACUUCUCACCAGUCACCCCAAGCACUCCGUCACUUGCAAUCAAAUAAAUUCUUCAUCUGAUUCAUCUUAACUGAUUCAACAGAACUGUUUUUUUGCCUUAUGCAGUAAACUUAUUUCACAAUCAAUAUGAAUUGUAGAAUUAAUCACCUUUCAUUGAUCAAGGCAAAAUAAACAUGCCUAGGGCCUCAAUGUUCAGAAAUGAUUGAUUCAUUCGGAUAGAUUUCUCUUUUAAUGUUACACUACAAUUUAAA